AUGGUAGAUGAAUUAACAUAGGAAUUAGCUAAAAUGAGUGAAGAAGUCAUCUUGAUCACUCAAUAUUAUCAUAGAAAUAAGAAAGGGGAAACUGGGUAUAUACUUAGUGAUGGAUUCAAACACAUCAGAUACAUAGAAAUUUGGAUGUAGGGUGAAAAGAUAAUUUUGGGAGUAUUUGAAAGAGUAUUCAAUGGAGUAAGAUUGUUUUGGUUGCACAAUGAACUAUACUUCCCAUCUGCAUAUGCUGGUGAAGAUGCCUGUUAGGUUAUGAAGUAAUUAACAGUUUAUGCUAAAGGAUGUUUAGAAUUAUUAUGUUAAAUCAAACUAUUUCCAUCAUUAAUUGGAACAAACGAUUGGGUCUGUGGUUUAAUCCCAGGAUAUUUUAGAGUAAGGAGAUAUGGAGAAGCCUUCGCUGGUACAAAAUCAUUUCACAUUGUUCACAAUUUAGAUCCCUUGUAUGAAGGAAGGCUAUAUCCUAAGCCUAAUGAAGGAACAUUAGAUUACAUCCAUGAUCUUCCUAAUGAUUUCUUAAUCGACCCCUUUUGGCAGAAUUUAGUUAUCAAUCCAUCGAGAUGUCCUUUGAUCACUUGCGAUAAUUGGGGAACAGUCUCUUAAUCUUAUAAAUAUGAGUUGCUAGAAUCUUCCCCAUUAGCAAGUGUGUUGAGGAGACAUCCUCUGCCUUUUGCUUUUCCUAAUGGGAUAAGGAGAGAAUAAAGAUUUAAGGUAAUAAUGGAUAAAAUUAGUAAUGAUCACUUGAAGGCCAAGGAACAAUUGCAGAAGAAAUAUUUUGGUUGUUCCUAACUCGAAAAUCACAUUGUUGUCCUGAGCUUUGUUGGUAGAGUGACCAAAUAAAAGGGAGUGCAUCUCAUAUUGGAAGUGGCUGAAGAACUCAUCUAAAGAAGUCAAGGUACUGUGUAGAUAUUGGUUGGUGGACCAGCAGCUGAUAUGAAAGAGGAGUACAGUGAGUAUUGUGCUUAGAAUAUGAUAAGAUUGAAAUCCAUAUAUCCUCGAAACUUCUGGGCAGAUCCAUCAGCCUUCUUUAUGGAUGGUACAUUAGUGAAUGUGGGUUGUGACUUUGGAUUAAUGCCAUCAUUAUUCGAACCUGGAGGUAUAGUGCAACACGAGUUUUUCAUAGGAAGUACUCCAGUCAUUGCUUUAAGACUGGCGGGUUGA